AUGCUGGUUAUGAUGACGACUACUAUGGAAAUCCCUGCAUUAAAUCUCAUAAGGCUUUGUUAUGGAUAUGCCUGCCCUUCCCUGUUCCUGGUAUCAGUGGUCAUUGUGAGUCCUGGGCUAUAUAAAGCAGGUACCCUCUCAAUCCAAAAACAUCAGCAUCUUCAACAACCUGUUGACUACAAAACGACUGCAUCAGAAGAGAAAGAAGAGAGAAAAGCAACAAGAGAGAAACAACUGACUGAAGCCAUGAUCUCCACACUGCAGAAAAGCAUUAGACAAAUGUGGGCUGUCAGAGGACUGCACAAGUCAGCAAUUGAAGUUCUGAAGCGCCCGGCCCCAGAGGACACAGUCACAGCCAGCUUUGGGAAGUUCAUCAGUGAAAUAAAAGCCCAGCAUUUGUCCUCCUUAGUCCUCUACCGCAGCAAAAGGAUGGUGCUGGACAGCAUUGGGGUUGGCCUGAUUGGCAGCACGACAGACGUGUUUGAACUGGCCCUGCAGCACUGCCAGCACAUGUAUGCUCCAGACGACAUCAGCUCUGUUUAUGGACGCAGGGGCACCAGACUCUCCCCAACACUGGCAGCCUUUGUCAAUGGAGUGGCGACUCACUCCAUGGACUUUGAUGAUACGUGGCACCCUGCCACUCAUCCCUCAGGAGCAGUCCUUCCUGCUGUGUUAGCACUUAGUGACAUGAUGCCCGCUAACAGCAAACCCAGUGGCCUGGACUUCCUGCUGGCUUUCAACAUUGGCAUCGAGAUCCAGGGUCGACUAAUGAGGUUCUCUAACGAAGCCCACAACAUCCCCAAGAGGUUUCACCCUCCAACUGUGGUGGGGACAAUGGGAAGUGCAGCAGCUUGUGCUCGCCUCUUGUCUUUAAAUAACUCCCAGUGCAGUCAUGCAUUGGCCAUAGCUGCUUCUCUAUCUGGAGCACCAAUGGCUAAUGCUGCCACUCAGUCUAAACCCCUCCACAUCGGCAAUGCUGCACGUCUGGGACUGGAGGCUGCUCUGCUGGCCUCCCGAGGCCUAGAGGCAAGCCCCCUGGUCCUAGAUACUGUCGCAGGAGUGGCUGGCUUCAAUGCUUUUUAUGAAGACUAUGUGCCACAGCCUUUAGAGUCACCCAAUGAUGACGGCCACAUGUUCCUGCUAGAGGAGCAGGACAUGGGCUUCAAGCGCUUCCCAGCCCAUCUGGGAAUGCACUGGGUGGCAGAUGCCGCAGCCUCAGUCCAUAAGCUUCUUGUGGGAGUCGGCCCCGGGACCGUCUCCCCAGCUCAAGUCCAGGACAUCCAGCUCAGAGUCCCCAAGUCAAAGUACAUCAACAGGCCUUUCCCUGAGUCUGAGCAUGAGGCACGCCACUCCUUCCAGUUCAAUGCUUGCAGCGCCCUCCUGGACGGCGAGGUGACUGUGCAGUCCUUCACUCCUGCUGCCAUGAGCCGCCCCGAGCUGCUCACCCUGCUAAGCCGCGUUCGCGUGGAGAAUCCCCACGACAACCCAGCUAAUUUCAACCACAUGUAUGGCGAAGUCCAAGUGACACUUGUUGGGGGAGACAUUCUGAAGGGACGCUGUGACACCUUCUAUGGUCACUGGCGCAACCCACUGACCAAUGAGAGCCUGAGGAAGAAGUUCAGAAACAACGCAGGGGUGGUGCUGCCCUCAGAGAAGGUUGAGAGGUUGAUUGAUGUGGUGGAGGAGCUGGACAGAAUUGGAGACUGCAGGGCCCUUCUUUCACAGCUGCAAUGAAAACGCCAUAACAGCAUGACAGAACUCUUUGUACAUACAUAUAUAAAAAGACAUUUUACUGAACAGUUUACUAACAAAUGUAUUUAAAUUAACACAUUUGUUCACAUCAAUACUGAAGAAUAUCACCCAUCCAACACCUAACAUGCAUUUGGUAAAGGUGAUGUAUGGGAAGCAGUUGAGCCAUCUCAGAACAUAUUUAUCUAUGUUGCUAAAUUAUUUUAUUAUAUUAUUUUAUUAAGAAAUCAAUAUUAAGUGAGUUGUAAGAUUUUUCAAAUAUUCACAUACAUAUUGGACAUACAUACUGUAUGUACUGUACUUUAUACUGUGUAUUCCUGUCAAACAAUGGUUUGCAGCAGCACUUCCUCUUUGACAUUUGAACAUUGUAUUACACAAAUAUAGCAUUUCUGUUUGUGUGUUUUUGUUUUAAUAAAAUUUCUCAAAGGCA